AUGAUCCACGGAUUGUCCAAGCAGCCAGAGGAAGCUUCAGAGCUUUUGAACUCAUGGAGCCGAGAUGAGAUAAUGAAGAUCAUAUGUGCAGAGAUGGGGAAAGAGAGGAAGUACACUGGUCUAGCCAAACCAAAACUUAUACAAACCCUACUCAAUCUCGUGUCUCGUCCUCUCGGUGAAACCUCUUGUCCUAACCGUAAAAACUCGAAAAAGAAACGUAAGACGACCAGUUACAUCAUUUGCUGCGAGAAUAUAGCUUGUAGAGCUGCGCUCGGUACCGAGGACACCUUUUGCAGGAAGUGUUCUUGCUGCGUUUGUCAGAACUAUGAUGAUGAUGAUAAGGAUACGAGUCUUUGGCUUACUUGCGAGGCUUGUGGAUUGUCUUGUCAUUUGGAAUGUGCUUUGGAGCAAGAGAGGUAUGGGAUUGGCUGUGAUGAUGAUGAAGUAGGAAGGGCGCUUGAUGGUAGGUUUUAUUGCAUGUUUUGCGGCAAGGAUAAUGACUUGCUCGGAUGCUGGAGGCAACAAGUGAAGGUGGCGAAAGAGACUCAACGUGUGGAUGUUCUUUGUUACCGUGUUUCUUUAGGACAGAAGCUGUUGAGAGGUACAAGGAGGUAUCGGAACCUAUUGGAACUCAUGGACGAGGCAGCGAAGAUGCUCGAGGGUGAUGUGGGACCGUUAUCGUUAAAGAUGGCUUGUGGUAUCGUCCACAGACUUUCUUCAGGAUCACAAGUUCAGAAACUGUGUUCUCUGGCAAUGGAAGCUCUGGACAAAAUGGUCUCACCACCAUCAGAAUCUGUUUCAGGACAAGGUGGUGACAUGUUGACAGUGAGAGUGGAAGAGAUUCAAGCAAGAUCAGUCACGGUGAGAUUAGACUCCGAGGAGCCAUCUUCUUCUUCGCAAAAUCAGAUCAAGGGUGUGGAGGAUGAUGCUGGGAACAUGCAAAGCCUAUUGACAAACUCUAGCAAUGGUCUUUGUAGUAAUACUCCAUCUUUACCAGAAGAUGAAUCAGACAAUGUCCUAACAAGCUGCUGCAAAGAAAAUGGUGACAAUGACAACACUGAAGUAGAAUCUGAGCUUGAAGACGAGAGGCUCUUAAAAAGGAACGUUAACGAGAUAGAGGGAAGAGGCUUGCUUGUAACACCCAAGCAAGGAGUAGAUAAAAGAUCAAAAUCAAGAACAGUAUCAACCGUGAACGAGAAACCUGAGACCAAUGUAGCAAAUGGAGUGGGAGGAGAUAAAGACUUGGGUCAUAUCGUGAGGAGCAUUAGAUGCUUAGAGAAAGAAGGGCAUAUAGACAAGAGUUUCAGGGAAAAGUUCUUGACAUGGUAUAGCUUAAGAGCUACUCAUAGAGAAGCUAGAGUUGUGAAGCUUUUCGUUGAGACAUUUAUGGAUGAUCAGUCUUCUUUGGGACAACAGCUUGUGCAUACAUUCUCAGAAUGCAUGAUCAGCGAGAGAUCAUCAUCAACAACAACUGGUGCUGGAAUCUGCCUCAAGCUCUGGCAUUAA